AUGCCAAAUCCUCAGGAGCAGGCCGGCCAGGGGCUGCUACCUCAGGACUCAUCGGGUACUCGAGGCCAUGCUUCCAACUCGCCAAGGGAGUCGAGGCGUCAAGCUACCGUCUACGAUGCUGUCGCCGGUCGCGUCUCCAGUCAGCGAUUCAUUCCAGACCAGCUCUACUUCCCUUCAACUAGGGAUACAACGGAUAAUUCGACAAUCCCCCUGCCGCCCGAUGAAGUGCUAUUCCGCUCUCGCCCCGCUCCUGAGCGUUACGAGGAGGACGAUAGAUACUGGGGAAAUCGGCAUCUACUUCCUGGCCAGUGUUUGCCAGAAUCUGAUCUACUGAAGACGUUGCACACAUACGUGUCGGGUUUCUACGAUAGGACAUUUGGAGAAGACGCACAUAUAAGCCACGAAAGUCUAGAUGAGAGCGCUCUAAUGGCGCUUGGGAUUAUAUUAGAAGAGGCUUGCAAGAACACGUUGGAAGACACUGGCGAUCUAGCGCUCAUAGAAGGCGAAGAGAUUGAUCAUAACAACCGUAGAGGAGUUCAAAACCUCAAGGUUGAGGAGGCAGAGCCGUGUCACGGGAAUCGGCCAAGUAAAGCGGCUGACACUGAGAGCUUUAGCGAGGAAUCAAAAGCUCCCAAGCAAUUUCGAAAACGACGGAGACUGAAGUGA